AUGAGACGAAGAGGACCCCAAAAUCACAAGGACGACGAAUACGGGGACAAGGAGCAAGAAGACAGUGAUUGGCGUAAAGUCGAAACCCAGAAGGAGAAGAGGAAAAAAAUGAAGGAAGAGGAACAAAGGAAGAAGGAACAGAAGAAGAAGGAGGAGAAGGAAAAGAAAAAUGAAGAGGAAGAAAAGAAGAAGAAGACGGAAGAGAGGAAGAAUGAAAUCAAGAAGAAGGAAAACCCCAGGCAUCGUAGGGAGAGAAGUAAGGGCGACGCUCUGGUUAUCGAGGCGAAAGACAAAACGACAUACGCAGUACUCCUCCGGAAAGUGAGAGAGGAUCUGGAGUUGAAGCAACUAGGCGAGGACGUGGUGAAAACCAGGCGCACCCAGAAAGGCGAGAUGCUCUUCGAGCUGAAGAAGGACUCGUCGGUGAGGAGUUCAGCCUUCAAGGAACUCGUCGAAAAAUCUCUUGGCAAGGACGCGAACGUAAAAGCCUUAUCGCAGGAGUCAGUGGUCGAGUGCAAGGAUCUGGAUGAGAUCACAACGGAAGACGAGGUACGAUGUUCGCUGAAGGUGCAAUGCAAUCUGGGAGAUGUGCCUAUGACAAUCCGGUUGAGGAAGGCGUACGGUGGUACACAAACUAUCUAUCUACUAGCUAUCCCUCGGGUUACCAAGCAAACGGAGAGAUACUUUAAGUGCAUGAACUUUGGUCACCAGGCGAGAAACUGCAAAGGCCCUGAUAGAUCGGAGCUGUGCAGGAAAUGCGGAGAGAAGGGGCACGUUGCUAAAGACUGUUUGAAGCAACCGAGGUGCAUGCUCUGCAGAAAGGAGGACGGAAACGGUCAUAAGACGGGAAGUUUCAGGUUCCCAGCUUACAAAAAGGCGAUAGCGGGCCAAUAG